GAGGGGCUGGAGAAGGCGGGGAAGGGGGCACCGGGGCGGGGUAGUAGCGCAGCGGAGAACCGUGUGUUUGUUUUCUGAGCGGAGAGUGUGCGUAGCGCGCGAGCGGAGAGCCGGCCACUCGCGCGCGCCCCGGCGUGUGCGUGAGCGCGCGCGCACGAGGGAGUGUGCCUAUAUAUCUCCUCGCCUGUUUGUGAGAGAGAGAGAGAGAGGCUGUCGGUGUGGCUGUGGCGGUGUGACAUCUCUUCGCCAGCGGGCUUGUGUGUGUGGUACUGUUGUUGUUGUUGUUGUUGUGGGUAGCUCUCCCCCCCCCCCAUUUCUCUCCCCCCCCUUCUCAGGGAAAGGCGAGUCCCCUCUGCGUCCCUCCCUCCCCCCCCCACCGCCCCUCUCCUCUUCCCUCCCUCCUCGGCUCCCUCUCUCUCUCCCUCCCCUCCGCCCGCUCCCCUUUCUGUGCCUUCUUCCCUCAGAGCUGCCCGCCCGCCCUCGCCUCAGCUGCUUUAAUACCCUUCGGCUGGCCGCCUGCGCCUGAACUCUCCUCGUCGGCGCGCGGCUCUUUCUCCCGCUCGCGCAACAGCAGAAGAGGCAGAAGAAGAAGAGGAAGAAGACAGAGAGCCCCUCGCUCGGACCCUCGCCGGGGGCUCCUGGGCGGCAUGCUUCUGGAUGCGGGGCCGCAGUUCCCGGCGCUGGGCGUGGGCUCCUUCGCCCGGCACCCUCCUCCUCCGUCGGCGGCCGAGAUGCAGGAGCGCGAGCUGAGCCUGCAGAACAGCUUCGUGGACUCGGCGGCGGCGGCGGCUGCGGCGCACCUGGGCGCCUUCAAGCUCAACGCGGCUGCGGCUGCGGCGGCGGCGCACGAGCUGUCUCCGGGCCAGGGCUCGGCCUUCAGCUCGCAGGCGCCCGCUUACCCGCACGCGGCGCAUGUGGGCUCCUACUCCGCGCCGCCCUUCAACUCCCCCAGGGACUUCUUGUUUCGGAGCCGGGGCUUCGGCGACGCGGCGGCGGCGGCCGGCGGCGGCCAGCACGGGCUCUUCGGGGCUGCUGCUGCGGCGGCGGCGGCCACGGGCAGCCUGCACCACCCGCACGCCGAGGCGCAGAGCCACCUGCUGUUCCCGGGCAUCGGCGAGCAGCACGGCGCGCCCGGCUCGCCCAACGUGCUCAACGGGCAGAUGCGCCUGGGCUUGCCCGGAGAAGUCUUCGGCCGCUCGGACCAGUACCGCCAGGUGUCCAGCCCGCGCGCGGACCCUUACUCGGCGGCGCAGCUGCACGGCCAGUACGGGCCCAUGAACAUGAACAUGGGCAUGAACAUGGCGGCGCACCACGCGCACCACCCGCACCAUGCCCACCCGCACCAUGCCCACCCGCACCACCACCAUCACCACCACCACCCGGGGGCCUUCUUCCGCUACAUGCGCCAGCAGUGCAUCAAGCAGGAGCUCAUCUGCAAGUGGAUCGACCCCGAGCAGCUGAGCAGCCCCAAGAAGAGCUGCAACAAAACUUUCAGCACCAUGCACGAGCUGGUCACUCACGUCUCCGUGGAGCACGUCGGCGGGCCCGAGCAGAGCAAUCACAUCUGCUUCUGGGAGGAGUGUCCCCGCGAAGGGAAGCCCUUCAAGGCCAAGUACAAGCUGGUCAACCACAUCCGCGUGCACACGGGCGAGAAGCCCUUCCCGUGCCCCUUCCCCGGCUGCGGGAAGGUCUUCGCGCGCUCCGAGAACCUCAAGAUCCACAAAAGGACGCACACAGGCGAGAAGCCGUUCCAGUGCGAAUUCGAAGGCUGCGACCGACGCUUCGCUAACAGCAGCGACAGAAAGAAGCACAUGCACGUCCACACUUCGGACAAGCCCUAUCUCUGCAAGAUGUGCGACAAAUCCUACACCCACCCCAGCUCCUUGCGGAAACACAUGAAGGUCCACGAAUCCUCCCCGCAAGGCUCCGAGUCGUCGCCCGCGGCCAGCUCCGGCUACGAGUCGUCCACUCCGCCGGGCUUGGUGUCCCCCAGCGCAGAGACCCAAAGCACAGCCGCCAGCAACCUGUCCUCUGCAGCGGCCGCCGCGGCUGCUGCUGCCGCCGCCGCCGCUGCGGCCGCAGUCUCGGCGGUGCACCGGAGCAGCAACGGCGGAGCGGGAGGAGGCGGCGGCGGCGGGGGGAGCUCGGGCGGCGGCGGAGGGGGCAGCGGCGGCGGCGGAGGAGCGGGCAGCGGCGGAGCCAGCGCCAGCCACGGCGGCCUCACGUCCAACUUCAACGAGUGGUACGUCUGAAGAGGCCUCCUGGCCCCGCCGCCGCCGCCGCUCCAGCCAGAUGCCUCGAAAAUGAAGGAAGGAAGGAAGGAAGCCGCCGUCGAAGUCGCUCUCCGCCUUCCCUCUCUCUCUUUCUCCACCCCGCCGCCCCCUUUUGUUUGAACUGGGACAUCUUGAAGCAGCAGAAGGGAGAGAAAGAGAGAGAGAAAAUAAAAUCUUUUGAAAGAAAGAAAGAAAGAAAAGGAAGGAUUAAAAGCAGCCCAAGCGGUUCUACCCGCCACGGGACACCCGCUGCCUCCUGAGCCUUGCGGACAUUCAGUUCUGCCGCGAGGGGGGACCCCUGCCGCCCCUCCUGCCUCCAGCGCCUUGGGAACAAAAGAUCAGACACAAGGAGGGAGGACCCGUCGGUCCUGGGACCAGCCGGCCCCCAACCACCGCCUCCAUCCCCCUCGGACUCUCUGUGUACAUAGAGGAGUCUUCGCUCCUUCCGCCAAGGAGGUGGUAAUCAUAAAGUUUUCUCGGUGUAUAGAAAUUGGUCCACUUUGUGAACUAUGGAUUUGGUUCUUCCCUCCCGCCCCGCGCUUUCUCUCUUUCUCUCCCAGAAGUGAUGCUCUCUCUCAUUCUCUGCCUCCUGUCCUCUCUCUCUUGUUAGCUCCCCCCACCUUCUCUUUCUCUUUCCUUCUCUCUUUUUUAAAUUCACCCAUUUUUAAAGGGAAAGGGGGGGAAGUAAAGUGGAAGCAAAAUGGUUUCUUUUGUAAUUGUGGUAUUGAAUAUUGUGUUCCUUUUUUUAAAAAAAGAGGCAACUUUGAUUGUAAACUUCAUUCAGCUAUAGACUGGAAAGAUUUUAAAACAAACAAACAAAAAAACACACGUGCCAAAGUCUCCAUGCCGUUCUUCGAAACAAACCCAGAUUGAUUCCUCCUCCUCUUCCAAUGCUUGUGAAUGUAUUUUCUGUUAGCUGGAUUUACAUGUGAUGUUUUAGUGCAUUUUGCAAGUUCUAUUUGUUAGUUCCUGUUUGGAAGUUUGUGGGGAGGGGGAAAUAAACGUAGUGCCGUUAGGGAUUUUUUUCCGUAAUAACACCCUUCCUUGUGUAAAUAGCUGUUGCCAUAUUUAUCCAUUUGUAAUUAAAUUAUGGUAUUAACUUGCUACAGAGGAAACAGUAUUUAUAAAGAAUGUUUCUUAACUAUAAAUAUGUACAAUUGUGAGCAUAAACUGUUUCAGAAUUUUUUUAUUUGAAGGUUCAUGUGGUUUCAUCAUUUCUUGUGAUAUGUUUUUUUUUUGAGAGUAAUGCAUACAGAAAUAUAAUAAAAUGUGUUGAAACUGCA